UCCCGUUGUCGCGCAUGAGGAGGGAGGCUGGAAACAUAGACCCCAUAGAUGAGAAGAGGUGAAUCCGGUGAAGCCUGCGAUGGCAGGCGGCGAUCACCAGCACCCGGACCCGUGUGAGGAAGAAAAGGGAGGACGGAAGCUACUUGACCUGCUCAGAUCCCAGAGCAGGUCUCUGUCCGGACAUCCGGCCUGCAGCCACCUCUCCUCACGUCUAGGCAGCCGAGAGCUCGUUGUCAGCACAAUCCUUCUUCCCUCGGCGCCCAAACUUCUUGUUAUUCGAAGGGAUUCGUCGCCGAGUCUCUUCCGUCUGCGUGUGUGAUUGUUGGAGUUAACCGAAGCCCUCACGUCCCCUCCGGCCGAGCCCGAGGCGAGCGCCGGUCAGUUUCCCCGAAGCCAACUUCGGCUGCUUUUCUAAAGCGGAGAGACGACGCAGCAGCAGUAGAGACGCGCGGUGGGCGACGAGCCAGGAGCCGACAUUCCUCCCUUUUUUUUUUUUUUUUGGACAGGAAUCGCGGUUAUUACAUAUUCUGAGGAACGAGCCCGACGCUGACGAGCGGCUGUGCGUCUUGGAGAGGGCAGGGACACCGGAGGCGCGCAACGGCAGCAGCAGCAGCAGCAGCAGCGCAGUCUAUCCGGAGCCACCGGUUGAGAUCGUUCUACACUCCGCGAGCGCCGACUGUGGGAGACGAACACCGAGCACCGACAUCCUCCCGAACACGCGAUGGACGUCCUGCCCGGCCCCCCGGGGCGCCGCCAGAGCGUCGGGUGAGUGAAAUCCAGGAUGCUGCGCACUACGGCCACAAUCCCGGAGCUUCUGAGAACAGGACCGUGGGUGUGUACGCGUCGGGCUCGCCGCUGCCUCCGGACUGCACUCGCCAACUUCCCCCGCUUUCCUUCAAGUCAUGUCUGAUACAGAGCAAUGGGCAAGUUUGACGACAACGAGAGGAUAAUCCUCAACGUCGGGGGCACCAGGCACGAAACCUACAAAAGCACCCUGAAGACCCUGCCGGGGACGCGACUGGCCCUGCUCGCCUCCGACUCGGACAUCGACUCCGUGCUGGAUCAGCUGCAACAAGUCCCCGGCUUCAUCGAGUACAACGCGCGAACCAACGAGUACUUCUUCGACCGCCACCCGGGCGUGUUCGCCUACGUGCUCAACUACUACCGGACCGGGAAGCUCCACUGCCCGGCGGAUGUGUGCGGACCGCUGUUCGAGGAGGAGCUCUCCUUCUGGGGCAUCGAUGAGACGGACGUGGAGCCCUGCUGCUGGAUGACAUACCGGCAGCACCGGGACGCGGAGGAGGCGCUGGACGUGUUCGAGCUCAACGUGGACAACGGGGACGAGGACGACGAGAUAGGCAAGAGGCUCGGCAUCGAGGACGUGGCCGCCGACGGGAACGUCAGCCUGUGGAGGAAGUGGCAGCCGGUGAUCUGGAAUCUCUUCGAGGACCCGUACUCCUCCAGGGCGGCGAGGUUUAUUGCUUUUGCAUCUUUGUUCUUCAUCCUGGUCUCCAUCACCACCUUCUGCUUGGAGACUCAUGAAGCUUUCAACACCAUCAUCAACAAGACUGAGCUGAUGCGGAACAGCAGCGUGAUGGAGUCGGGCCCUCAGUACGAGAUUGAAACUGACCCUGCGCUAACGUAUGUGGAGGGUGUUUGCGUCUUCUGGUUCACCAUUGAGUUCCUGGUGCGUGUGACCUUCUGCCCGGUCAAGUUGGAGUUUGUUAAGAGCGUCCUCAACAUCAUUGACUUUGUGGCUAUCCUGCCUUUCUACUUGGAGGUAGGGCUGAGUGGCCUUUCUUCAAAGGCUGCCAAGGAUGUGUUGGGUUUCCUCAGGGUGGUGCGCUUUGUUCGUAUCCUGCGUAUCUUCAAGCUGACACGUCAUUUUGUGGGGCUAAGGGUGUUGGGCCACACAUUACGGGCCAGCACCAAUGAAUUCCUGCUGCUCAUCAUCUUCCUGGCGUUGGGAGUGUUAAUUUUUGCCACCAUGAUUUACUACGCUGAACGGAUUGGCGCCAAGCCCAAUGACCCCACUGCUAGCCUCCACACCAAGUUCAAGAACAUCCCCAUUGGCUUCUGGUGGGCUGUGGUAACCAUGACUACACUGGGCUAUGGCGACAUGUAUCCAGAGACCUGGUCAGGCAUGGUGGUGGGCGCAUUAUGCGCUUUAGCUGGCGUGCUGACGAUAGCCAUGCCUGUGCCGGUUAUCGUCAAUAACUUUGGGAUGUACUACUCCCUGGCCAUGGCCAAGCAGAAGCUACCCAAAAAGAGGAAGAAACACAUCCCCCAGGCAGUGCAGGGAGGGUCCCCCACCUACUGCAAAGCCGAUCUCAACACCACCUGCAACAGCACUCAAGGUGACCUGUGCCACGUCAAAGGGAGCAGGGUACUAGAACGCAACCGCUCAGUUCUGUCAGCGGACUGCAGCGGGGGCAGUGACCUGACCAUGUCUCCAGAGGAGAGGGUCCCCAUGCGAAGGUCCAGCACCAGGGAACAGGACCGUCGGAGUGGGGGGACAUGCUUCCUUCUCGCUGCUAGUGACUACACCUGCCCCGCAGACGGAGGGAUACGAAAAACAGGGUAUGAUCUGCAGUUUGAAAGACCAGGUCAGCGGAGACCAAUGAGUGGACUUCCAGUUAGUUUUCAGCACAAACCUGAAUGAGACAGAGUCCCCCUGUGAUGCAGCCGCCGUUGUAGAAGUCCCCCCCGCCACGCAUUGAACAUGCAACUACCCUGCGUUCGUGCUGCAGAUGUUUGUCUUUUCACAAACCAAAUUAUUCUUACCAGAAUAUUCCUCAUAACUCCUGGUGGUUAAAAAACAAACAAACAAACAAAAAAAAACUGCAUAACUUGAUUCUUCCAAACUUUUCCCCUUGUGGGGGUGGAGCAAAAGUGUAGCAGAGGUUUACCGAGUUAAAGAGGGACUUCUAGAAUGGCCACAUCUGCACAGUAGCAAUCCCAUGAACCCAAAACAAUCAGAUCGGAUUUGCAAUAAGCACCCAAAAAACGAAAAGCGCCGAUCCACACUGUGAUUUCAGCAGCCUGUUCAAACAAAAAAGCAGAAAGGAAGUAGAGUUGAAAUGCCAGGACCGGCAGGUGGCACAACCUGUGUGUCGUGUUGGUUGCGACCUGCACAGUUGUUGGCUAGCUGUUCGAGUGUCGCCCUGUACCCACAAUCCUCCUCGUGUAGUACACACGCUGCUUUACUCUUUGAAUUGACAAAGGGGUACCGUUCUUUGUGUAUUUCUAGGAUGAUGUUGUAACUUGAAAAAAAGGGUGUUUAUUUUUUUUAAUCCAGAACAUGUAUUUUUGUGUCACACUGUUGAGUACAUUGCUCUUACCUGUGAAAGUCAUGGUAGUCUGAUGCUGUGCUUCUCCAUCGUGUCCUCCAACUGUAAGGCUUUAGAUCCCGGUUCAUGUUUUGUAUGUUUUAUUGUGAGGAAAAUUCUAGUUUGAAGUCUGUGUUUGUGGAGCCUUUUGUUGGCAUUUUAAAGUGCAUGCUGAAAAAAAAACAUUAUGUCAAAUUGUAAAAAAAAAAA